CGUAACCCAACUCUCGGAUCCCCCACCCGAACCAGACCCGUAAAGCUUUCACGCGGCUAAUAUAUUUUCCAUAUUUAAAAAAAAAAGGAAAUAACCUAAAAUGGCAAUUUCCUAUUUUUUAAAUUUCCUGUUGUCCAUCGGAAACCAUCGACUAUAAAUAACAAAGUUACGUCCUCGUUUUAAUCCCAUCUUCGCUGCGUCUAACAUUCUUUUAUUCGGAGAAAGAGAUUUAGAAGAACAAAAACAAUAAGCGACAAUGUUGGUGUACCAAGAUCUUCUCACCGGUGAUGAGCUUUUGUCUGACUCUUUCCCUUACAAGGAGAUUGAGAAUGGUAUUCUUUGGGAAGUUGAAGGAAAGUGGACUACUGUUGGAGCUGUGGAUGUGAACAUUGGUGCCAAUCCCUCUGCUGAAGAAGGUGGUGAGGACGAAGGUGUUGAUGACACGACUCAAAAGGUUGUUGACAUUGUGGACACCUUCAGACUUCAGGAGCAGCCGACUUAUGAUAAGAAGGGCUUCAUCGCCUAUAUUAAAAAGUACAUCAAGCUUUUGACACCAAAGCUCAACGAGGAAGAUCAAGCAGCCUUCAAGAAGGGUAUUGAGGGAGCUACCAAGUUCUUGCUCCCCAAGCUCAAUGACUUCCAAUUCUUUGUUGGGGAGGGGAUGCAUGAUGACAGCACUUUGGUAUUUGCUUACUACAAGGAGGGUGCAACUAACCCAACAUUUUUGUACUUUGGACAUGGUUUGAAGGAGGUCAAGUGCUGAGUUAGAAGCUCUCGUCAGGUUACUGUGGUCGAUCGGUCGCAGCCACUUUAUUUUGUUCCGUGUUUUGUGUUCUAUUAAAAUUACCUACCACCAGUUUGCUUCUCUUCUCCUUGAUUUAUAUCAUUUAAUAUUAAUUGAAUUUUGUGGUUUGCUUAUCUUAUUUAAGUGUGGUUACUAAACUUAGCCUGAAACUCUAGGCAAGGAUUCAAACAAAUUUGAUACAGAUCUCUAAUGGUGCAUGUAUAAUAAUAAUUUGGGUUAUACUUUUCCGUGAUGGUCUAUGCUUUUGUGAUAGUAGACACUUUUAGAGCAUAUGAUUAAUGGGGGUUAUUAGGGUGGAGUUAAUAUUUUUUUUAAGUAACAGAAAAGUGGUAUAGACAUCAUCAUCACACGUGUGGAAUCUAUCUGUUGGAGUUCUGUCCUCAUGGUUUUCGACUUAGCUGUGAAACAAAUCACAUAUAUGUAAAUAAGAACAUAUAAAAAAAAUGUAUAAGAACAUUGGUGCUAACUAUUUCGACGACAAAGCCGUAAAUUAAUGAACCGUUGGCUAUUUUACAUAUAUACAUUUAACUGUAUAGAAAAUCAAGUUUUUUGGCUGCGUGAACUGCUCAACAAGAUGAUUUGUAUAUAUAAAUCUAUGUUAGAUGUGUGGGGAGAAGAGGACAACCAGAAUGUGUUGGUACGUUUUGUGGUUCAAGUAAAAGGAAACGUGAUUUGGUCGGUUUGACGUUGCUCCAACUCUCUAAUGUAUUUCAAAGUCAUUGUCUGAUAAUCCUAAUGUUUGUCUUGUUUCAUUUCGUUUUUAGCUAAAACUCUUAUUGUUAGCUCACAUGGUCUCCUGUUAACCGUAAACGAUGAUGAAAAGUUGCACAAAACUCCUUUCAUACUGUUGUUUAUUCUUAUUACUUAAUGCUUUAGGCGAAAGCAAAAACUUUAUUGAUUCAAAAGAAAGUAACCCACAAGCUUUUGUUGCCCCACCUCUCCACUUUCAAAUAUUCUUGUACUUGUAUAUUAUAUUGGAUUAUUCAACACACACACACACACGUAUAUAGGAUGGCUUUUCACAAACACAUUCAUACGUGUAAACAUUUCAAAUAUUUGAAAUCAAAACUCAAGAGACUUGAAUAAUGGUUUACAAAAGAUCAUAUGGGUCAGUCAGCAAAGAAUAACAAAUAAAAAAUAGUAAGCAAAUAAUAGUGAUUAUAAGAUUAAAUCAUUAUCAUGUACAAAAAGUUGUGGCAUUCAUGUCGAGGAACAAAAAAAAAGUAGAAG